AUGGCUACGGCUAUGGCUAUGGCUAUGGCUAUGGCUAUGGCUAUGGCUAUGGCUAUGGCUAUGGCUAUGGCUAUGGCUAUGGCUAUGGCUAUGGCUAUGGCUAUGGCUAUGGCUAUGGCUAUGGCUAUGGCUAUGGCUAUGGCUAUGGCUAUGGCUAUGGCUAUGGCUAUGGCUAUGGCUAUGGCUAUGGCUAAGGUUAGAUCCUACAGUAUUUUGGCCAGUAAUCCUAUUUUUCUCCAAAAGAUCAAUAAUUAAAUAAUUGAAAUCUACUUCCAGUUAUGACAUACAAUAGCUUAAAUUUUCAAAUAAUCGUUUACAUAAACAAUAUUAUAAAUUCUUCUAUAACAAUUUGUAAACAUAAUAUUCUUAAAAUAUUUUUGAAGUAUUAUAAACGCAGGAUUAAUCAUAUCGUAAAGAUCGAAUGCAGCAUUAACAGUAUUGCAAAUGCUCAGCCAGGCUGA